UUCAUUGUCGAACGACGAGGAUGCAUCGUGCGCGGGCAACCUUCCGGGAGUAUUUGGUGGCCACCAUUGCCAACAUCUCGGCCGUCGCCGCAGGGGUUUCGGUCGGAUGGUCUUCUCCCACGAUUCCUAGACUUGCGGAUAGCACCAUAGCCGACAAUCCGCUCGGAUACGCCGUCGUCGAGACCGAACAGUCAUGGAUUAUCUCAGUGCUAGCCAUUGGUGGCGUUUGUGGACCGCUCGUAGCGGGACUGGUCGCCGAUCGGAAGGGUCGCAAAAUGACGCUGUUUUUUAGCAGUGUGAUUCACAUUAGCGGUUGGAUUAUAUUGCUGAUAGCCGAGUCCGUUCCGGUGAUGGCUACAGCUCGGUUUGUACUGGGGGUUGGCAAUGGGUGUAUUCUUACGGCGCUGAUGAUAUACACCGGUGAGAUCGCCAGCGAUAAACAUCGAGGGAUCCUAGGUUCGUUCAUUCAGAUUGGAAUCAUGAUUGGCGUACUGUACGCUUACUGUAUCGGACCGUACGUUCGAUACUAUCCAUUCCAAUGGAUUUGUUGCGCUGUCCCAAUGCUGUUUGUGAUUCUUUUGUUUUACAUCCCGGAAUCGCCGUAUUAUCUCGUAUCGAGAGGAUUCUACCAGCAGGCAACCGAGUCACUGAUGUAUCUUCGGGAUGGAACAUCCGAGGAGGUUCAGGAGGAUCUUCAAAUCAUCAAGAGUUUCAUCCAUCGGGAAGAGGAGCUACGAGGCACAAGUUCGUUUAAGAAUCUAUUCACCCAGCGGGCGAAUCUGAAGGCGCUGACUAUAUCAUUAACCCUGCUGUCUCUGCAGAAGUGGACCGGUAUCGACUGUAUUCUCUCGAACAGUGAGCUCAUCUUCAGCAAGGCAAACAUUUCUGUGGCACCCGAUGUGUCCACCAUUAUCGUGGGAGCGAUGCAGGUGAUUUUCUGUUGCAUUACACUGCUCUUCAUAGACCGAGUUGGACGAAAACCGAUGCUCAUGUGCUCCGCCUUGGGCCUCACGGUUUGCCUGGUACUUCUUGGGGCAUAUUUUUCGAUGGAGGAAGCGAACGUUCCCACAGGCCACAUCCGCUGGAUUCCUCUGACGGGAAUGGUUGGAUUCAUUGCCAUUUUCAGCAUCGGCUUCGGGCCGGUCCCGUGUGCGAUCGCUACGGAAAUCUUCGCCCACGAUGUGAAAGCCCUGGGGAGCACAAUCAAUGUUUCCGCUUCGUUGGUGGUUGAUUUCUUGGCGCUACGCUUCUUCCUGCUGAUCAGCGAAUCGUGCGGUCUCGGGUGGGCCUUCUGGAUCUUUGGGAUAUUCUGCGUGGUAUCUUUUGUGUUUACGCUGCUGUUUGUGGUCGAAACUAAGGGGUUGAGUCUGGAGGAGAUACAACGGCGACUCGGUAAGACGGAACAUAAAUCGUGAUGGGUCAUCAACAUGUGGAAAUAAAAAAAAAAGCAAACGCUGGUUUGGGUGUUCCUAAUUAAUUGACUAGUUUCUGUAUUCGAUAUGCACCGUUAAGUACCUAAUUAUUGCAAGCAGUCUAAAUAUUGGUCACUCCUAAUGACAUGAGAGUUUCUUACAACCUAAUUACGGCACAUCUCCGAAGUAUCGUUUCGUCACAAAUCACAAAAUAACAAUAUCAAAUGUUUCCAACGGUACAAAAGUUGUGUGUGUGUCAAAGCUCAACAAAUUCCAACUACGUUAAAUACAAAUAUUCAAAAAACUAUCCCACCGCUGGAUCGUAUCAUCGCUUGAUCCCACCGGCGAUUUGUGCUAGAUUUAGUUUAGCUUUCAGUGCAGCGACGCUGCUGCCGCUCGCGCUGGAAGGUUCCGCGUCCUCGCUUACGGCAGGCCUCCGGGCGAGCGGUGGUCGAUUGCCGUUGGCUUUCAACGGUGGAACUUGUGGCAGUCUCCUGGCAGGUUUCGGCUUGAUGGCCGAUGUGGGCGGUGCUGACUGGUGUUCACCUCCGAUGUGAUUGUCUAUGGGUUGAUGCUGCACGGGUUUCUGAGGUAGACUUGGUUUGGGUCGAUUGAGAUCAGGUUUCUGGACUGGUUUUACCAAUCCGACAGAUCGAUCACUCUCCUCCACGAUUUCGUCGAGAUUUUCGCGGCUCAGGUGGGGUGUUCGAGG